AUGGUCUCCAGCAAUCUACAAGAGCUUGGUUUGGCAAAUUUAGCAGUGUUGUUCAACAAUUUGUCUUUUGAUACUCCUAUGGAUCCAAGUGUCAAGCUCCUACCAAAUCAGGAGGAGCAUUUUUCAGAUCCUGAGUGGUAUAAAAGAUUAGUUGAAAAAUUGAACUACCUCACAGUCACUCGGCCUGACAUUUCAUUUGCAGUCAGUGUGGUAAGUCAAUUUCUUAAUUCUCCAUGUCAAGAACAUUGGAAUGUUGUCAUUCAUAUUCUUAAGUAUAUCAAGACAUCUCCAAGAAAAGGCCUUGAAUAUGAAGAUAAAUGUCAUGUUAAAGUUGUUGGAUACUUUGAUGUUGAUUGGGCCAGUUGUCCUACUGAUAGGAGAUCUACUUCUGGAUAUUGUGUAUUCGUUGGAGGCAAAUUGGUUUCCUGGAAAACUAAGAAACAAAAUGUAGUUGCCAGAUCAAGUGCUGAAGUAAAAUACUGCUCCAUGGCUACUACUACUUGCAAGCUCAUUUGGCUUAAACAACUUCUUAGAUAG